GAAGGACGACAUUAUUUGGAAAUUUUUUUGUAAACUGGAUAUCUGGUAGAAACCUUUCGUACAAAAUCAAAAAUCUGUGCGCUAUUGGCGUUUGUAAUUUUCGAGCCGUAGUAUCAUGGAUUGUUGCUGUAUGAUCUUUCAGGGUCUAUGUUCUGAAAUUUCAUUUUUGAAUACCGUAAUAAGUCUGAGUUUCUCUUCGCACACUCAUACUCGCGACCUCUCUAUUCUGUCCUGUUUGGCAAGGCAUUUUAAUAUUUUUGCCCGCAUUGGAAAAAAACCCACAUGGCGAGAAAAAUGGAGGCAGCGGGCAAAAUCGUUUCGCUGCAACAGACGAUCCGGAAAGCGUUUUCCGACGCCAUCCACAAAGCCUUCCCAAAGGUCCCGUUGCAGGAAGCGAAAAUAGUCGUCGCCCAGCCCAGAUUCGGCGACUACCAGUGCAACAAUGCCAUGGAUCUGUUCUCCCAAUACCGGGGAGACACGGAAGUUCUAGGCCAGGAAAUGAAAACCGCGGGAGACAUCGGAAACAGAAUAAAGGACUCGCUUGCGGACGAAUUUAAGAAUAAAAUGUUCAAGGAAAUAAGUGUUGCGCCGGCGGGGUUCAUUUCAGUCCGGAUCGACCUCGGGUGGAUCAAUGAAAAGGUACCAGGAUUGAUGUUGAAAGAGAUUCGUUUGUGCCAUUGCAAGGACUUAUGCAUCAGGUACUAGAGAUUCAAUUUGAAAAAGCGAGCAACUUGAUGUAAGUCAAGUGAACUGGUGCAUGCCUUUGGCUUUGGAUUGAAAAUCAAAAUUCUUGGCUGACUAUCUUCAGGGUCUCGGGCUCCUGUCACAGUCUACGAGCGCUUCCUCCCAGAAGCAGCAGUACGAGACGGAUUACUCAAAACGAGUGGUUGUGGACUUCUCCAGCCCAAAUAUUGCCAAGGAGAUGCAUGUGGGGCACUUGCGGUCGACCAUUAUCGGCGAGGCAAUGUGCCGCGUGCUGGAGUUCUGCGGGCACGACGUGACGAGGUUAAACCACGUGGGCGAUUGGGGAACGCAGUUCGGCAUGCUGAUUGAGUACAUGAGGGAGACGUAUCCGGAUUUUUUGGAAAACAUGCCAGACAUCUCCGAUCUGCAGUCUUUUUACAAGGCAAGCAAGAAGCGAUUCGACGAUGACGCAGACUUCAAGAAACGCAGUCAACUCUCCGUCGUGGAACUGCAGGCCGGGGCGAAAUUUCACACCGAGGCCUGGAAGGUCAUUUGCGAAAUUUCCCGGAAAAGCUACCAAAGGGUGUACGACCGGCUCGAAAUUAACGUGACGGAAAGGGGAGAGUAAUUUUUUUGUGUUUAUUUCCUGCGUCAGGAGUUCUCUCUUACCCUUAAAUGGUAUAGCAACAGCGUCUGGAAUGAUCGUCAAUGAACGUGUCGCACGACAAGACGCGACUCGAGCCACCGUCUGCUCUCUCGGCCGAAGAUAAUUUUUGUACUAUUUGAAAUACUAUCGAAAUCAAAGUCCUAGUCCCUUCAUCUCUUCAGGUCCUACUACAAUCCGAUGAUUCCCACCGUCAUCAAAGAGCUGGAGCACCGCAACAUUGUCGUCCCCUCGCAGGGAGCAAAGGUGAUCACUGUCCCAGACGUCAACCCCGACGUACCGCUCAUGGUCCAGAAGUCAGACGGCGGAUUCUGCUACGGAUCAACGGAUUUAGCGUGCAUCUACCACCGAUUGAUCGUGCACCGCGCGGAUUGGGUGAUCUACAUCACGGACACCGGCCAGGAGAACCACUUCUGGUCGGUUUUCGAUGCGGCAAAGCAGGCGGGCUGGCACAGGCCCGGCGUCAGCAGGCUGGACCACAUGGGGUUCGGGGUUGUGCAGGGAGAGGACGGUAUCUAUACUGAAUUUGCUGGUUGUGUUCUUUAUUGUGCUCUUGAAGAUGCUACUUGUGGCACGGUGUAAGUAGUGAGGACGGCACGCAGUGCGCUGCAUCAUGCGUCCAGAUGGACGUCUUGGCGAUUUUGCUCGAUACAGAUUGUUGAUUUUGAAGAUCGGUUCUCUACUUGAACGCUUUCAUGUUCCUAAAUCAUCAGGUAAGAAGUUCAAGACCCGAUCUGGCGACACUGUCAAACUCGAGAUGCUGCUCGACGAGGCGGUUAGCAGGGCAAAGGUCGAGUUAGAAAAGCGUCAGGAGGAGGCGAAGAAGAACGGUGAGGCGAUGGAAUACGAUGUUGACGCGGCAGCGGAGAUUAUCGGGUACUAUAUUUACCACUAGGGCCGCUUUCGAGCUUUCUUCCACCUGCAUAGAUCUUCUUCAUCAUCUUUUCUAUGCAUCUUUCUCAAUCUCAGUGCAUUCCUUCUACAUUGUUUCAACGCUAUCUUUGGACAAACCGGGCGGGUGACUACUCUCUUCGUCGACACUGCUUUGAGACAAAAAGUUUCUUUUUUAAAUCAAAAACCCACAGGUAUGCGGCGGUGAAGUACUUCGAUUUGAAGCAAAACCGAACCUCCAACUACAUCUUCAGCUUCGAUCGCAUGCUGGAUCCUAGGGGAGACACCGCAGUGUAAGACCGUGACUUUGAUUGCCAUGUAUGAUGAUUGCCAUUUCGACUAGGUUCUUUUUGUUUAGAUGCAUCGAUGCACGAGGACACACGAGAUUCGACGCCGGCUGCACGCAGGAACAGUCAUCAUUUUUGCUUUAACCUAUGACACUUGGCAAUGAAAUCCAUCACCAUCACAGCUAUCUUCUGUACGCCUACGCGCGUAUUUGCAGCAUCCAGAGGAAAGCCGGAUUCAAAUCGCCGGAAGAGAUGACGGCAAAGAUUCCGCUAUCAAAAUUGAACAUCACCGAGCCGGAGGAGAGGAAUCUGCUGCUGGAGAUUUUGAAAUUUCCGGAUGUGCUGGAAUCAGUCCUCCACUCGCUCGCCGUCCACAACUUGUGCGAGUUUUUGUACAAGGUCGUGAACCUCUACACGGCGUUCUACAUGAAGUGCAAGGUGGUCGGCCACGAGGAGCAGGACAGCAGGCUGUUGCUGAUUGAACUGACGCGCAGAACGAUGAAAUCCUGCUUCGACCUCCUGGGCUGCGGAACCCUGGAGAGGAUUUAAGUGAUAGAGGCAUAAGAUGAAGACCAUGAUUGACCAAACGCAUUGAAAUCUAUGUAUACUCAAGAGCAAAGUGUCAUGAGCGUUACUUUGGUGGAAGAAAGAGCAUUCGUAGCUUUUGUCGACACGCUGAACAGCGGAGCCUACGGCGAGCCGGAUCUCUGUAAAAACAUUGUGUCACCGUAUCAUGAUUUUCUUACACCUAGCUCUUAAAUUUUUUGAAGUUGAAGGCAAAUGACAACCACAAGAUGAAAAUGGCUUGUUGAUGAAACAGCACAGCGCAAGAAAACGCAGGGUUAAGGCGUACGUAGAAAGAAACAGAGGACCUAUGCCAUCGGCCGCGCAUCGUGAGAAGUUGCAGAGUUCUCAUUCUUCGUAUUUCGAAUAGAAGCUGCAUGUUCGGAAGGAAAGUUGUAAGUGUCUGUAUCGGUCGGCCUUCGUUCACUCGAUUAAGUAAGAAGAGC